AUGGCUGCCACGGAACACCCCCAGCGAAAAGAUGGGGGAAAUGAUGCUGCUGUGACGGACUGCUACCUCGCAUCUCUCGAUCCGGAGUCUGCGACUGGAGAGGUGGGGACUGGCUCUCUUUUCCCAGGCACAGAGUCCAAUCAUCUCCCACUCAAUCGUUUGCGAUUGUCAGAUGGUGUUACUGUCCAGUUUCCUGCUUUGGGCAAAGUCUCUCGGUGUCAGUCUAUCGUUGCUUCCACCAUGGCGCGCAGCUACCUUGGCCUCCAGGGCAGCAAGCUGCAAAUUGCUAUCGGCGUCAUUGCCGGUAUGGACUUCCUGCUGUUCGGCUACGAUCAGGGUGUCACUGGUGGUCUCUUGUCCCUCGAUUCUUUCAUUAAAUAUUUCCCCACCAUUGCUACCAACGGACCGUACUGGGAACAGUUAACCCUUAGUGAACGGAGUACUCAAUCCACUCGUCAAGGUAUUGUGGUUGCGGCGUACAACUUGGGAUGUUUCGCGGGAUCCAUUCCUACCAUCUGGAUUGGCAAUUGGUUAGGUCGACGCAAGACUAUCUUCGUCGGUUCACUUAUCAUGUGUAUCGGAGCUCUGCUACAGUGCACCUCCUAUCAUUUGCCCCAGCUGAUCGUCGGUCGUCUGGUCACCGGAUUCGGAAACGGAAUGAACACUUCGACUGUGCCCACUUGGCAGUCCGAGUGCUGCAAAUCUAACCGCCGUGGUCAGCUGGUCAUGAUUGAAGGCGCCAUGAUUACUUGCGGUAUCACCAUCAGUUACUGGAUCGAUUUCGGUCUCCUCUUUGCCGACCCUAACGAGGUCGCCUGGAGAUUCCCCCUAGCGUUCCAGAUAUUCUUCGCUUUCAUCAUCCUGGUUUUCGUCAUGUUCCUUCCGGAAUCCCCUCGCUGGCUCGUGCUGAAGGGCCGUGAGGACGAAGCGAGGGAAGUCCUCGGAGCUCUGUUGGGCGACGGAGCCGACCCCAUCCUCCUUCAGACCGAAUUCACCGCCAUCAAGGCCACCGUCCUGGAGAUGGCCAAGGGCUCCUUCCGCGACAUGUUCACCAUGGACGAGAACCGCCACUUCCACCGAACGGUGCUGGCCUACGUCAACCAGAUGUUCCAACAGAUUUCCGGUAUCAAUCUGAUCACCUACUACAUCCCCGUGGUUUUGGAGAAUCAGCUUGGUAUGAGCCUGAUCAACUCCCGUCUUAUUGCGGCGUGCAACGGCACCGAGUACUUCAUCGCUUCCUGGAUCGCCGUGUUCACUAUUGAAAUCUUUGGUCGUCGGACUCUAAUGCUCUUCGGUGCGGCUGGUAUGUCCAUCUCCAUGGUGAUUCUUGCCAUCACGGCCAGCAUUGAGAACAACAGCGGUGCCAACGUCGCUUGUACCGUCUUCCUCUUUGUGUUCAAUACUUUCUUCGCCAUUGGCUGGCUGGGAAUGACCUGGCUCUACCCAGCUGAAAUCGUGCCCCUCAAAAUCCGUGCACCAGCCAACGCCCUGGCCACCUCCUCCAACUGGAUCUUCAACUUCAUGGUGGUCAUGAUUACCCCCGUUGCCUUCGAGAACAUCAAGUACCAAACCUACAUCAUCUUUGCCGUCAUUAACGCUGCCAUCUUCCCCGUUGUGUACUUCUUCUAUCCCGAGACCACUCGCCGCUCUCUGGAAGAGAUGGACCGCAUCUUCCGCAAAACGAAGAGCAUCUUCUCCUUGGUGAGAGUUGCUGAUGAGGAGCCCCACAUGUACGGCAAGCGUGGUGAACUGCUGCACACCUUGGAUGACGUGGAGGACGAAGCCGUGCGUCGGGCCAGUGUGCUGAACCACCAGCACAAGGAUAUCGAGAAGAGCAGCGACGAAAAUGUCAGCACCGAGAAGGAAUGA